UUGUUCAGAAAGCCACAUCCACAGAAAAAAGUUUUUCGUGCUGUUGAACCGGAUCUACAAACAGGAUUGACWAGUGUYAUCAAUGUUGACCGGCUGUUCUUCCAUAACUUACCAAACCUCGUACCAUCAGCUCAGCCUGUCAAAGAACUGAAGGCUCCCGUUGGCGUGAUCUACCAAUCAGAGAGAGGAAUACUGGCUGUAGAGAAAAACAAGGUUCUUAUUCCUCCCAAUUAUAACCGGUAUAUCGCCUGGGCGUUUGGUGACUUGAGCAUGCGCAUCGGUUACUAUGACACCGAGAAGGUAUUUUUAGUGUUUAAUU